UUCCUCAAUGAAACACUAAAAGAAUAGUAUAUAACACCAGUGUAUUAAAGACAUCGUUUAUAAUGUAAAUGUGUUUAUAUUUAAAAACAUUGAAGCUGGGCCAAGUAUAUAUUUUAUGUUAUAAGAAUUUUGGCAGUAACGUGGAUUAGCAGACGAUACAAGAUGAUGUAUAAGGUGUUAUUAGUAUAUGUGGGUGUAGUGUUAUGUAUGACAGACACAAUGGGUCAAUCGCCAUGUACGAAUUCAACUCAAGGCGUUUGCUGUCUCUGUUUAGAAGGAUGUAACUCCACUUGUCCUGGCAGAAUGGUUAAAGUGAAUUACCCGUCCACUUUCUGUACACAAACAUUUUUUACCAGUACCUCUGUCCCCGAUGCCGAAUCAAGCUCCGGUUCAUUCUCUGGUACAGGCUCUAGCACUACCACCGCCACCAUUACAGAGUCCGAUUUUACUUUCAGCACCACUGAAAGUGGUGAUAAUGAAGAUUUGUUCGCCUGUGUUCCUGAGUGUCCAAAGGGGUAUUAUGUCAAUACGACUGGGUGGUGUGAACAGUGUGGUCAACUUUGUGCUACUUGUGCUGGGGAAAAGGACAAGUGUACUUCUUGUAAUGGUGGUUUAGAUUUAUCUAACUCUACAUGUGAUGUUACUACCACUGACAUGGUGACUGAUAAUACUACAGCUGCUGAUAAUGGUAAUCUGCCCAUCGGUGCUAUUGUGGGUGCCGCUGUUGGGGGUUUUGCUUUCUUAGUUCUGGUGAUUGUCGGAAUUGUAUGUUGCUGUCUCGUCAGAAAACGUCAGAUGAAGAAGAAAGAAAACCAUUAUAAACCAGAAGCUAUUGAGAAUCAGAUCGACCAAAAUCGUGAUUUAGAAAUGUCGGCAGUACAGUCGGUAACCGUAGAAGCAGACGAAGACGACUAUGUAAAUAUGCCCAGACCUGAUAAAAAACUGUCACAGAAAAUACAUAUGGGACACGAUAAAGUAUUGAGAUAUACCAAAGAUCCUAGUCAGAGCGUCACCGAACGUCUGGCUAGAAAGACAGAACAGUCACCCGAGGAUCCCGAGUUGGCUGAAUUGCCCCUGGCACCGCCUCCACCCAGCGCACCACACCAAUCCAUCAUUGAUGAGAUCCUUGAGAGCGACGAUAAUCAAAGUGCCAAUGGCGAACAAGAUUCCAUUUACAUCAAUAUUCCCAAAACACAGACGGGCCACUAUCAGAACGUUUCACUCGAUGAUGAGGAUUAUGUAAACGAUGACGUUAUUGUAAAUUUCAGACGACCAACAUUGAAGUCCAAACUGGCUAACAAUGAUGAAGAAAUUUACGAAAACCACUAUGUGAAGUAAGAAAAUAGAUGUUAUUGUUAUUACCACUGUACUAUUCUGUGGAUAUACAUUAUAUGCUAUUUUUAUUACUAAAAUACUGUGAAUCUAUUGUUAUUACUUCUGUACUGUGGAUAACAUUAGAUGCCAGUCUUAUUGUUGAAUAUACAUUUAGAUACCAGUGUUAUUACUUCUGUACUGUAAAUAUGCAUAUAAAUACUAGUGUCAUUACGAAAACCAAGAUGAUGUGAAGUAAGAAAAUGGUAUUAAUCUGUACUGUGGUGUGGAUAUAUAUAUACAUUAGAUGUCAUUGUUAUUACCACUGUACUAUUCUGUGCAUUUACAUUAAUUUACAUUAUUAAUUAUAUACCGUGGAUAUAUAUUACUUCUGUACUGUGAAUAUAUACAUUAGAUGCGAGUCUUAUUACUUCUAUCCUGUCCGGUUAAUAUACAUUAGAUGCUAGUCGUAUUACUGAAUAUACAUUUAGAUACUAGUGUUAUUACUUCUGUAUUGUACCGUGAAUAUACACGAGAUACCAGUGUUAUUACUUCUGUACGUGAAUAUACCGUAAAAGCUUUUGUUAUUUCUGCUAUAAUGCACUGUGAAUAUUAAAUGCCAACGUUACUGCGUCUAUAAUGUACUGUGAAUAAGUGGGCCUGACUAGCAACAUUAUCAAGUUAUUCGGAUGGCACGACAACUGAGAUCCCGUAUAUACGUUGACAUGCAUGUAAAAGUUAUUUGAUAGUUGGUGCAGAAAUGUAUUAUGUUAAACCAUUUCAUUCCGUUCCCUAGACCACUAAACUAUGAUUCAACCAACAAAACCGGUUCAAAAUAGCAAACAUUUCCUGGAUCUUCGCCUCCUGGACCGGCUUAGGGGCUUAGAACUGUUUUAUUUGAGACCAUCAGAUCAACGUUCGUUUUUUGUUGAUAUAAUAUAUAAUAUGAUGACCCCACCACUCAACAGCACAUAUUAUUGAUUUCGCUGUCUAUAAUGCAACAUUGAAAUAGAUUUAUUAUUUAAAGGUAUUUUAUUAUAAUGUUUACGACUUGUAAAAUUAUUACCUAUUAUGAUACCAUAAACUGUAAAAUUAUGUAUGCAGGUAUGUAUAUAAUUUAUCCUACGAUUUGUAUAUUUAUACGAUAUAUUUUAUUAAUAUAUACAAUUGUAUAUAGAUAGCCAUAUUGCAAACUGUCUCUAUUUUAGCGUUAUGAUGGGUUUUUUUAUCGCAAUGUUUAUAUACGUAUUUAUUUUCAUAUAUUAUUAUUAAUUAUGAAAUUGAUUUGUGUAUAUGAUAUAUGGUAGAGGUUAUUCGUAACCACAGUAUUUAGGGUUGGCGGGUUAGGGCAACUUUAUAAUAAACAAGCACAUGGGUUAGGGUUAAUGUUUAUACUAUAGCUCAAUAAUUGUCAUUGUUUACAAGUCUUUCCUUAUCCCAGUCGUUGUAGAUCUAAUGUAGUACGUUAAACCCCAUUUAAUUUGUAUUACUACAGGCCCAGCCCAGUACACCACAGUUAGUCCCCGGAUCCAUUCACUUAAUCUAACACAAUACGUUUGGGUUUUUUUUGUUUGAAAUGUAUGUAUAUGGUAUGUCUAGUCCGUAGAUGUGUCUUGUGUAACUGUUUAUGUGUAGUGCGGUCCUCCUGCAUUUACUAUUAAGAGGCAUAAAUCAUUAUUGAUAAAUACAGUAUUUACGAGGUAAUUUUUAUUCCUAAACACUGUGGUUAUGAAUAACAUGUUCCAUAAUUUACAUUAUUAUAUAAUUAUGUUCAUGCUCAGCUUGUAUAUGUUUCUGUAUAUAUAAAUAAUAUUACCUCGGUCUCAUCAUUAUUGUAAUCGUUAGGCAGUUUUCAUUAAAAGUACAAUAUUAAAUGA